AUGAAUGUACCGAGCCAACUGGUAUGUUCGCCAGCCUACAACAAUAAUAGCCAUGGACGAAGCUCGGUGCCUCCGAAGUCGGCCACCAAUGUUGGCACGGUGCGUACUGCAGAGCUACUCGAGAGCUUCCCUGCUCCUCCUCAGCAGACGAAUGCGGAGGGCUGCGAUAAUGAGACCGUAAGGCCACCGCGGAGCCGGCCGGCGUGGUCCUUGUUCCCGAGUACGAACAGACGGAGUCCACUUCCAUGGCAAUUCGAUCCUGUCAGCAGGUUACGAAAGCGAUAUGCCAAUCAGAGUGUCGAUGGCUCAGCUGAUCGCAACGCCGACGAGAGUGCUGUCUCGGCCGGAUAUGUGCGAGGCGAGGCUCAGUCUCGAUACCGCCAUUCUGGAACGCCUUUGUAUGAUGCUGAACGGGCCAGUCUUUGCAGCUUCGAUCGUGAUCAGCAAGAGCGGCGAGGAGGAGGUGGCGAUGGGGCUCGAGCCUCUCUGGCCCUAGGCACCAGGGCCCUGCAACAUCGCGCGUCAGAAAACGACAGGGCCGUUUCCAACGGUGCACAUCGGUUCAGUUCGACCUCGAGACCCCCCACUUCACCACGGCAGAUUGUGGUUGAUGGAAACACCUUUACGCUUUGUACGCCAGACAAUACGCAACGUCAGCUGGAUCAUGAGGUCCAAAAGCCUCAGGUGUGUAGGCACAGGCAGGCGAAGCUGCAGAAGCGGACUGUGAGGUAUCCUGUAACAGGGCUAGACAGGCUUGCCAAUUCUGCUCUGUUCGAUGGCAGUGCUUCCUCGCCCACAGAACCAGGGAUUGCUACUGCGGACCACUGUACUCCAGCUCCCACGGAGGCACCAUCAUCAAGCAACCCACCACCAGCGCCGCCUCCUCCUGAGAUCACGCGACUCAGCCUGACACCCACCACAGCCCAGACCCUCGAUUCCGCGCCCAGCGGCACUACGUCUACGUCGACCAGCAAUCCCACCACCGAACCUAUGGCUCACGUGUCUCGUCAAAUCCCCCUCCGAACUGCCACUCUCCAGACCGCUACUACCAUGCCUGGACGCGCCUAG